GGCCAUCGGUGUGAAGAUUCGCGCUCUUUGCUUGCUCACUGCUCAGUAUCUAAACCGAACAGCAAAAUCCCACGAAAUCAUCGAAACGAGACUCCUUAUGGUUUAGUGCAGGAGCAGCGAGAAAUGGCAGACUCUCAAUCUGUGAAAAAGAAUAAAAAGAAGAAGAAGAAGCCUGCAGGAAACCCAAAUGCAUCUUCAGAUAUUUCGGCUCCUUUAAAAACUAAUAAUAGUAUUAAAGAAGAUAAAGUUUCAAAAGAUAAUCCUAGUAUUACGGAUAUUUUGCCCCUGAAGGUUGGUAUGUCUGCCAUGUUUAAAGACGUCGAGGUCACCAUGACAAAAUGUGAGGUGAAAAGUGAUGUACCUGCUUCAACAUCUUCAAAAAAGAAAAAGAAAAAAAAGUCCAAACAAGUUUCUGAGGAAAUUCCAAAAGAAAAGGAGUCUGCCAAUUUAUUAAGUUUCAAUGAAAAUCGUAUUGAAUUAGUUAACCACCCUGAAAUUAGUGUUACUGUUUCAAAGCUUACUGAAUCAAAAGAGAAUGAGCUGCCAAAGGUUAAAAAAGCAGAUUGUGGUUCUGUACCUGAACCAAAAAAUAAUGAAGAAAAUGCAUCUGUCAAUACUGCUAAAAAGAAGAAAAAGAAAAAAAAGAAGAAACAAUCAGAGACCAAAGCACCAACAGAAACAAAAGACAGUGUUACUGAAGAUAAUUCAUAUACUUCACCAACCUAUGUAAAGCUGCCUGCAAGUGGUGAUUCACUUGUUCUUGUUGUUAGCCAUGAAAGUUUUUCAAAUGGUAACAGAGCUAAUAAUAGCUCUGCAACAGAUAAAGGCCAAGUUCAUCAAAAUGGAGUCAAUAGUCUGAGUGAAAAAUCAAUAAAUAAUACUGUUAAAGAAAAUCCUUCUGCCGUGGUGUCUGAAAUGCAAUUGAGUAAUACUGUUCGUAUAUUUCCAGUACCAAAUGAUUCUGGUAAAAUUCAACAAACACCUUUAGACAGCGAAUUAAAUUCACUGAAGGAAGAUGUUUCAGAAGAUAAAACUCACUUGAAUUCCAAUGAAUUUCAAACUGCUACUUCAUCUAAUGUUGUAAAUUCGGAAAAUAUUUCAGAAGAAGGUAAGACAAAGGCCCAAUUAAAAGCUGAAAGACGUGCCAAACAAGAAGCUCAAAGAGCUGCUAAGAUAGUUAAGAAUACUGAUAAGGAAUCACAAAAAGCACCAACUAUUCCUGAAGCUAAAAAUUUAAAAGAAGCUAUAGAUUCCUCAGCAAAUAAUGUAUCAGUUUCUAAAACUGAAACAGAAAAUGAAACAGCAAAGUGUUUGGUUGAAAAAGAUGUUAUACGCAAAGUGCGUCUCUUUUCUCAUCUCCCACAAUGUAAGUCAUUUAAAAAUCUCAGUGAUGUAAAUUCUAAAAUUCACCCUGCUAUUUUAGAAGUUGGUUAUCAAUACUCAAAAGGCACUAUUUGUGGAUCAAAUGCCCGUUGUAUAGCCCUACUUGCUGCUUUUAGUAAAGUUAUAAAUGGCUACACCGCGCUCUCUGGUAAAGAUUUUUCUCGUGACUUGGAAUCGAAACUGCAAACCUACUUAAACUUUCUCAACAAUUGUAGACCAUUAUCUGUCAGUAUGAUAAAUGCAGUUAAAUUCUUGAAACAUCAAAUAAAUCAUGUACCAAAAGAAUCGGAUGAAUGUAAAAUUAAAGAAAAUCUGAAUAGUUUUAUUUACAACUUUGUCAAUGAUGAGAUUUUAUUAGCUAAAGAAGCAAUAGGCAAUUCAGCAUCUGCUAAAAUUGUUAAUGGCGAUAUUAUUUUGGUGUUCUCGUAUUCUUCUCUGGUCAAGGAUGUGCUAUGCAAGGCUUAUGACCAAGACAAAAAGUUCCAAGUUAUAGUUGUUGAUUCAAGGCCUAAAAUGGAAGGUUUGGAAAUGCUCCGGCGUCUGGUUAGGAGAGGCUUGCAUUGCUCCUAUGUUUCAAUAACCGCCCUUUCUUAUGUGAUGAAAGAAGUGUCCAAAGUCAUCAUUGGAGCACAUGCUCUUCUUUCUAAUGGUUGUGUUAUGUCUCGACUGGGUUGUAAGCAAGUAGCGCUAGUAGCGUCUUCUUAUAGUGUUCCCGUACUGGUUUGCUGUGAAACGUACAAAUUCUGUGAACGUGUUCUUACAGAUUCUUUUGUUCAUAAUGAGCUUGGAGAACCUGAGGAGCUAGUCAACUCUCAUCUUGUACCAAACAAUAAUCUGCUAAAUUGGAAGGAUUUACCCUCAUUGCAGGUGCUAAAUUUACGAUAUGAUGUCACACCACCUGACUUGAUAUCUAUGGUGAUAACAGAGAAAGGUGUUCUUCCUUGUACAUCUGUGCCUGUAGUUUUGAGAGUGCGACAUGCUGGGCUUCAUGAAUAAAAUUUUCUGUUAUGGUAAUUGUGUUUAAAACAUUUAGUACUAUUUCCAAAUUAAUGAAUAAA